AUGGCUGCCCCAACGGCAGGAGGAGGUGACCCAAAUGGAGGAGCUCCAGCUCCUUCACCACCAGCUCCUAACCCCGCGCCAACACCACCAGCUCCUAACCCCGCGCCAACACCACCAGAUCCAAACGCUUCUCCAACACCACCAAAUCCAAACGCUUCUCCAACACCACCAAAUCCAAACGCUCCUAACCCCGCUCCAACACCACCAGAUCCAAACGCUCCUAACCUCGCUCCAACACCACCAGAUCCAAACGCUCCUAACCCCGCUCCAACACCACCAGCUCCUAACCCCGCUCCAACACUACCAGCUCCUAACCCCGCUCCAAUACCACCAGAUCCAAACGCUAUCCCUACUUCAACAGCAGACCCAAACGCUAUCCCUACUUCAACAACAGACCCAAACGGUCAGCCAUUAUCAACGGACUCAUUAUCGACUGACUCAUUAUUUACAUUGACUUCAUCGACUGCUUCAGUUGGGCCAACAUCUACUCAAACAUCGAUUUCGCCUAAUAAAUCUAAAGGGUCACCAGGGUUAAUUGCAGCAAUAGUUGGAGUUGCCGUUGCCGCUGCUAUUGUAAUAUUGGUUUUGGGAAUCUGGUUUUGUCGUAGACGUAAAUACAAGACAUAUGGACGACCUACUACGCGUUCUGAAACAAAAGAUGCACAGAUUGGCUAUAUUUUAAGAGGCGAAGGUAAUGUAAAUCCUUUUACGCCCAAUGAUAGCGUGAUAUCUCCAAUAGGAGGAAUAACGAGAGGAGAAGACCAGAGAUCGUCAAUUUCAACGAACAAUGCAGGAUAUUCAGUAGCCGACAGUAUUGCAGAAGAUCCCGCAACAUCAACAGACUCGCGGCGCGCAUCGAUUGUUGUUCCUACACCAAUCACUAGGGUUGAUAUUCGAAAGUUGGACGCUGCACUAAAUACCGUACAGGGUCGGGAUCCAUUUGGGGAUCCGAGCACCGAAGGCUCGACUUCGAUAAGAAGCAGUCCCGCCAAUUCUAUCGGAAAUUAUGGAGCGUACUCUACACAUUCACGAAUGCAAUCCACCUCGACUCCACCUCUGAACCAAGGAGGUUUAGGUGAGAGUACAACUGCUCCUCCGUCAUUGAACAACAAUGCCACUACUUUUCGACCAAUGGAGACUGCACAUAUCCAAGAUUUUGGAUCUGUCGGUUCUCGGUCAUCAUUACAGAGUACAGGCAAUUAUGGAGGAACGAACGGGCAUUCUCGAACGCUUCGUCAGCAACAACUGGGGCAACACGGGGGUUCUUUGGAUCUGGGUCACCGUGUGAACGAUUCUGUUUCGUCGACUUCUGGACAAUCUGCCGACGACAGAGUAAGGGAAUUACUACUACAGCGUGGGACCCUUUAA